CACUCGGGGCCGGUCCCAGUGGGGACAGCCCAGAGCUCUUCCUCCUUGUCCCUGGGUGACCUGGUUUCCCGGCUGAGGUUGGCCCUCUGACCCCAGACCGCUCACCUCCCAAAAUACCCUCGCAGCAGCCCCUCUCGCGUUCAAGGCUUCCUGUCCUCUCUGGAAAGCUGAAAGACAUGGGUUCGCGUCCUGACGCUGCCGCUUUGAGCCAGUAGCCUAGCAGCUGCUUUGUGCCUAAAUUGUUUUCAUCUGGAAAAUGGGCUCAAUUUAUAAGUGCUUACCACAGAAGGUCACUGUGAAUAUUGAAACGAGGUGAAGACUUCAAGGAUCCAAGCCAGGGGCCUAGAGAUGUAAUGGCGGCUUCCCGACCAGAGGCCUUCCCAAAGGGCUUGACCCUUGAGCUAAGACCUGAAAAAGGAGGGGUCUGUGGGUGCCUGGCACCUGGCACCAUCCUUGGCCUGAAGGUGGGGUGGCUUUUCUCCUCUGGCGACACUCCCUGGAUUCAUGCCCGUGCCACUCCUGAGUGCCACACCCUAGGCUAGGAGACCCACAUGCUACGCCUUGUGGAGUCCUCAACAACCUGGCAAGGUGUCUCCCAGGAGUCUUCCAAGGUUCUCAACACCAAUGGGACCAGUGGGUUUCUCCCAGGUGGCUACACCUGCUUUCCCCACUCUCAGCCCUGGCAGGCUGCCCUACUAGUGCAAGGGCGGCUACUCUGUGGGGGAGUCCUGGUCCACCCCAAAUGGGUCCUUACUGCCGCACACUGUCUAAAGGACGGGCUCAAAGUUUACCUAGGCAAGCACGCCCUAGGGCGUGUGGAAGCUGGUGAGCAGGUGAGGGAAGUUGUCCACUCUAUCCCCCACCCUGAAUACCGGAGAAGCCCCACCCACCUGAACCACGACCAUGACAUCAUGCUUCUGGAGCUGCAGUCCCCGGUCCAGCUCUCAGGCUACAUCCAAACCCUGCCCCUUUCCCACAACAACCGCCUAACCCCUGGCACCACCUGUCGGGUGUCUGGCUGGGGCACCACCACCAGCCCCCAGGUGAAUUACCCCAAAACUCUACAAUGUGCCAACAUCCAACUUCGCUCAGAUGAGGAGUGUCGUCAAGUUUACCCAGGAAAGAUCACUGACAACAUGUUGUGUGCCGGCACAAAAGAGGGUGGCAAAGACUCCUGUGAGGGUGACUCUGGGGGCCCCUUGGUCUGUAACAGAACACUUUGUGGCAUCGUCUCCUGGGGAGACUUCCCAUGUGGGCAACCUGACCGGCCUGGUGUCUACACCCGUGUCUCAAGAUACGUCCUGUGGAUCCGUGAAACAAUCCGAAAAUACGAAACCCAGCAGCAAAAAUGGUUGAAGGGCCCACAAUAAAAGUUGAGAAAUGUA